AAUCAAAGUGAAUUUUAUUCAACAAGAGUGUGAUGCAGAUUGUGAUGGCCACGAGAAGUGCAGUCGAGAAUUUUUUGGAGAAAAUCGGCCUUGAAAGUUACCGGACAAGAUUUUUAAGUCAAGGAUAUGAUACGAUCAUCGACCUUUGUCUACUUGACGAACAUGACUUAGAUUCACUGAGUAUACAAGAACCAGUCGAAAGGUACAAGAUCCUAGACGCCGCUUCUUGCAUAGAUGUCGCAGACUGGCUACAACAUCUUGGUUUAGAUAACGAAAAUUGUUAUUUGGAGAGGUUAAGAGCUGAGGGAAUCACCACCAUAAGGGAUGUAAAAUCCAGAGAAUGGAGUGACGAACUCCUUGACUCCUUGGAGAUCAUGAUCCCAGGGCAUAGAAAAAGGGUUACAAGUGCAGCAACCUUUCUCAAGUGGCAUUCAGCUGAAGAACCUGACACUAGAGUGGUUGUCCUGGGUUACUGGGGACAACCCCCAGGGCUUGAGGACAACCCAUACCCCUUUCUGUGCGUUCCAGGACACCUUAAAUCUGACACUGGGGAAGGUGCCCGCUCAUCAGAGUUGACCGUGUUCAUCGUGGACUCUGGUAGUGAUGUUGUCACCGCCACCGAGAGCCUCAUUGCGAAUUUACAACUAGAAUACCUCAGGAACGUCGACAGUAGAGGGCCCUACUCAGCAGCAGACAAACCUCUCUACAGAGGGGUUCUUAAGCUUGGGACAGAAGAGUUUGAAGUCGAGGUUAUACCAGAAAAACUUGCGAGUGUUGGGCAUGCUGUUAUGCGGAAAUUUAAACACUAUAUCGAUGGCAAGUUUCAUCGCUGGCUCAAGGAGGAUAAGCCUGAAGAAACCCAGCCACCCCUUGAAGAACCUGAAUAAAUUAGUGAAUUUUCAAAAAAUCAAUGAACCAAUCCCAUCAUGGGAAUUAUGAACCAAAUGUAAAUAUAUUUUAUUGCGAAUUGAAUACAGAUUAAUUUUUAUUUCUUAAUGUAUUUAAGGCUCGUUUCAGGUAAUGGCUAUUUGUUUGUUAGGUUGUUUGUUUGUUUGUUUGUUUUUUAACCCUUUCAGAUCCCAUCAGUAAUUCUUCUUCUUAAUAUUUAGUCGACUCUUAUAAUGUUGGGAUAGAGAAUUUUUUAUCAGAUCAACCAAUAACCCCCUUUUUCUCCUUAUUCGUGUGAUUGAUACUGUAUUGAUAAUACAAAGAGAAAUUCUGUCUUGGUCACUCGUGGUAAUUUAAGAUAGAAAUAGAUUUUCCUGGAUUUUGGAGAUCAGUAACUUGGUAUAAAAUAGAAGAAAUUAAACAGCGAAGAAGCAUUGUUGAAUUAGCUGAUAGUCGCUUCUAGUUCAGCCGAAGAAAAGCUAGAUUUGUUUCGUUGAAUUUUUUCUUGACGCAAAUUUUGGAAAAGGUCAGGCGACGCAUGUCCCAGAGACAAGGAAAUAUUUGAAUUUUGAAAGAAAGAUAUAUUAAUAUCAUUUAUUGGGAAGGAAUUAAAGUUCCCCGAUUAUUUUAGGAAUUUUUUUAUUUAUGCGAUCAAUAAAAUUUUAAAGUUUAA